AAAAAAAAAAAAACACUUAGUUAACUAAAGAUUGGUCCGUAAAUAAAAAUUUUAAGGACCAAAUCUUUAUAGAUAUGGCGGCUUGGCAUUGGGUGGGGAGGGUAUUGUGUUUCGUUUGGAGAGAAAAACAAUUCACUCCUUCUCCGCCUCACUCCUUCCCGAAACGUCGUCUCUUGGACGUCACUCGUGUUCGGGCUAGUUCAAAACGGUCACUUCUCUUCCGUGUUGCUUGAGUUCUUGGAAAUGCGACGAGAAGGUGUUUUCCCAAACGACUUCACUUUCCCUUGCGCCUUCAUAGCCGCGGCUUCUUUGCGGUUGUCAGUUACGGGGAAACAGAUUCAUGGGCUUUCUGUGAAGUGUGGACGUCUACUUGAUGUCUUUGUUGGCUGUAGUGCUUUUGAUAUGUAUUGUAAGACCAAGCUUAGGGGUGAUGCUCGCAAGAUGUUCGAUGAAAUUCCUCACAGGAAUCUUGCAACUUGGAAUGCUUUUUUAUCUAACUCUGUCACUGAUGGAAGGCCUAGGGAAGCUGUUGGAGCUUUUAUUGAGUUCAGGAAGAUUGGUGGACACCCCAAUUCCAUAACUUUUUGCGCUUUCCUUAAUGCUUGCUCAGAUGAGUUGUUACUUAGUCUAGGUGAGCAGUUGCAUGUGCUUGUGUUUUGUAGUGGGUUCGAUACAAUUGUGUCAGUGUGUAAUGGGUUGAUCAACUUCUAUGGAAAGUGUAAGAAGAUUCACUGCAGUGAGACUGUGUUUGCUGAAAUGGGGACAAAAAAUGAUGUUUCUUGGUGUUCCUUGGUGGCGGUGUAUGUGCAGAAUCAUGAAAACGAGAAGGCGUCUUUGUUGUUCCUAUGUUCAAGGAAGGAGUUUGUUGAGACUUUUGAUUUUAUGAUCUAGCACUCUGAGUGCGUGUGCUGGUAUGGCAGGUCUUGAGUUGGGGAGAUCGGUUCAUGCUCACGCUGUGAAAGCUUGCGCUGAAAGGACUAUCUUUGUGGGAAGUGCACUAGUUGACAUGUAUGGAAAAUGCGGAUGUAUACAAGAUUCUGAACAAGCUUUCGGUGAGAUGCCUAAAAAGAACUUAGUGACGAUGAAUUCACUGAUCGGUGGAUAUGCUCAUCAGGGUCAGGUUGAUAUGGCAUUGGCGUUAUUUGAUCAAAUGGCACCACAUGGUUCUGGUCCGUCUCCAAAUUGUGUCCAAACAUUUUACAUGUUUUUAAAUUUAAUAUUUUUUUAUUGCUAA